UACAGGAUUGGAAAUGGAACCCCAACAUUUAAUGUUCUGGGACUUGGAAGUGGAACAGGAGAACCAGAUAUUGAAAUCCUUAGGGUAAUAAAGUCCAUACAUCCAACUGUUUCAAUUAUCAAUGAGGUAGUGGAGCCAAAUCACCUUCUUGUCGCAAAAUAUAAAGAACUGGUUGCAGAUUUUAAAGGCUUUGAAAAUGUCACUUUUAGAUGGAAGGAGAUGAACUGUGCAGAGUAUGAAAACCAGGAAAAACAGAAGAUAGAAAGUGAAAAAUUUGACUUUAUUCAUAUGAUUCAGAUGCUGUAUUAUGUGCAGGACAUUGAAGCAACAAUCAAAUUCUUCCACAGUCUUCUGAAACAAAAUGGAAAGCUUCUAAUUAUUAUUUUGGCAGAUAGCAGUGGAUGGAAUUUGCUUUGGAAGGAAUAUGGCAGUCAACUUUUUUCAAGUAAGUUCCAAUCCCUUACGAGUGCAAGUGCUUCUUGCUCUGAUAUCGAAGAAGUUCUCAAACGACUUGGGUUACGGUAUCAGGUUUUUGAUAUUCCAUCUGAGUGGGACAUAACAGAAAUCUUUAUCGAGGAUAGUGAAAACGGAAAUAUUUUGUUAGACUCUCUGACUGAUAUCACUAACUUCAGAUUGACAGCUCCACCUGAUCUGAAGGCUGGUGUACUGAAUAAGCUUCAGCAGCCAGAGUGCAGCAGUGAAAGAGAUGGAAAAAUUAUCUUCAAUACUAGUGUCUCUGCUAUAGUAGUCGAUAAAUGAUCUUAAAGUAGCUAAUAUCUCACAGAUCUGUUUACUUGAUACUACCACAACAAUUGUUAAAAAGUGUGGGUGAAUCAGAAAAUGUAAAUAUUUGUCACUGUUCUACCAUUACAGGUUUUCAAAUAUUUUUCAAACCAAGUUCAAAUUCUAAUGAUAGAAUUAUGCAGUUUUGCUAAAGCUGUAUUGCAAAGCAAUUUUAUUUGUCACACUGUCCAGAAAUGACGUCUGCUUAUAAAUGUCAUGCAGUUCAAUGAAAAUGGCAAAUUUGUAAGACAUAGUGUAUUAUGCAGUGCAAAACAUAGGCAGUCAUUUAAUUGCUGUUGUUAACAAAUAUUCCAAAAUUGUAAACUGAUAAGACCUAAAAGUACAGUAGAACAUUUCAUGAAUAAGUAAGUCACUUUCAGGAUAGGAGAUAUAUUCUUGAUAUAAUCUGUAAAUGAUUAUUAAUUUUAUUUGUUGGUUAUUUCAUGAAGCUGAGAAUUAUUCAGUCUUGCUUCAACAAAGUUGGCUCAAUCAGUUUUCUUUAUGGAGUAGUACUUUCAGAGUAUAACAAAGCAUGCUGUUUUCUGUGGAGGCAGCAUGUUGUUCUAUUACCUGUUGACUGUUAAUUCUCCUAGCAAUCAGUUUGCCCAUUUGUCAUCACUGUUUGAGAGCCAGCCCUGGUCCCUUCAUCUCUUGUAUAGUGAGAGCCAAUCACAGGGGCUUCCUUACUGAUAAUAAUCAUGGCUUUUUACUGCUCCUUUCUUGAAGAUCCUACCUCCUCCCCAUGGUUGCCCUUCAAGCUCUACUAUGCUGCCUCUGUCAGGAAAGCAUGCUUGUCUAUGCACUCAUGCUGACCGUUUUCUCUGCUGCAUGGGUGAAGUAGUGUGAUUGGCUGCAGGUGCAUCUACUAAUUCUUCCUCUAGGUGUCACCAAAGAGACAAAGAAGAACUGACACUCCUACCAGGAUGAUUCAGCCAAUACUGGCUGCUCAUUCCCAUCUUCCCCAGCCUGCUUCCUCCAAUUAUCUAUACCACUAAUCAUAUAUGGUAGCCUGAAGAUAGUCUCAACUUCAUCCAUCUGUGUACAGGUGCACUGUAGCAGAACUUUUAAUAGUCCUCAUGCAGAAAAAUGUCAGCCAUUCUCACCCAACUUUUAUAGUUAUUGGUGAGAUUACUGCAUCUUAGGGAAAAUGACAUAUUCAGUCUCAUUCACUCAUGCAAGCAAAUGCAGGAAAAAAUACAUUUUUAUUCUAGUGAAUGCAGUAGAAAACACAGUCUCCAAUCUGGAAUUCCCUUCAUUAAAUCAAGAUCUGAUAAAUCUUAUUUUAGCAAAGCCUAAUAAACACCAUUCAUAUUAUCAUGUAUACAAGUAUCGUAUCCUAUCAUAUUUUGUGUUGUGCACUCAAAAUACUAAUCUGAAGUGCAAUAUAAAAUAAUUAAUCAAACAUGCAGAUAGCUGAUAUAUUUGCUUAUAUUUUUAAUUGCUCUGUUUUACCUAGAGUGUAAAUUCUCCUUUUUGGAAUGCUUGAUGUAAAUAUGCAUUAUGUUUAUUAACAUAAUUGUUGCCUUUGACAUUGCCUUGGAUGUAAAUUGUCUCUUGACCAUGGGUAACCAAACUAACAAAAUUAGUUAAUUCGCUGAUUUCAUUUUGCAACCCAAUCGGCACAUAAAAAGAUAUAUCUUGAUAAAAAGUUAGACUGAGAAUUAAGAAUUGCUAUGUAUGGAGUAACAGAUUCACAGCAGCUCAGCUAUUCUGCAAACAUAGGUACAAAUGUAUUUUUUCAUGUCCAUACAGAAAGUUCAACUGAAUGAAAGCCACCUUUAAAAAUAUUGUUUUGAUUUAUUAUGCUCACAAAUGAACAAAUUAAUUGUUUUCUGUAACAAUACAAACUCAGUAUUUACAAUGUAAACUGUUGAACUGUGAUUUAUUCUUUCUCAAACAACUGAACUGUGUUUAUUUUUUUUCUUGCUAUUUAGAUGAUGCCCAAUGAUACUAAGUCAAAGCAUAUUGUUAUAUUUUCUGUACUGCAUACAUCAGUUAUAUUUCAUAUGUAUUUUUACUUUCUUACUAAGAAAAAAUAUUUAUGUAUUUAUUGCUAAGGAGAUGUGAUCAUUUUGCACACAUCUCUAGUAAUCUUGGAAUGUACAAUUAAAAUUGUGUGAAAUAAACUGAAUGCAACAUAUUAAAACUAAGCUUUCAUACUGCCUUGCUAUAAAUGACACAAAUUACAAAUGUUUGCACCCCUAAACCAAAGCAACUGGAAUCCAAAAAUGAGCACACACUCUUCCACUAAUGUCAGUGUAUUUUGUCAAUAAAAUAACACCUUAUCAUAUCAAUUGCAGAUUAUACAUUUAAGUCAUAUAGGAAAGUAAUAAAUUAAGUUCAUUCAGAUUGAAGUAAAGCUUCCCUUCCCCUCUCAUGUUUUAAUGAUAAUGCGAUCUGACCAUUAUACUCAUGUCACAGUUCACAAGGUAUCACUUGCAAGCACUAGUAAAAACAAUGUGUUGUACUUUUAGCAAGGCUAUAUAGAGCCAUACCCAGAAGAAGGUCAGCCUAAGGUCCGAAGGUACAACACCUCACUUCAGGACCAAGUUAAAUUUCUUUAGAUGAGGAUCGCUUGUCUAUGAUGAAUAAAAUCUUGUUGUUUUGGAAAA